UUAACACCAACAACAACAACAACAACUUACCCUGAGAAUGGCUUAAUAAUUAUCCUGAGAAAAUUAUAUAUAUGUAUACAUGUAUAUGGCACCAUCAUGGAAGCAAGACUCAGAAGAUACGAUGAAAUUGUUCUUAAUAAGCUGCGUGUGAUCCAUAUGGACGAGGAGAAGGUGGUGGGGGAGGUGUACAGUGUGGCAGAACUCAAGGACCUCAGGGACCAUCUCUUCCAAUAUAAUUUCUGGUUUUCCACUCGAAAUGUUGAAAAACAUUAUGACAAGAAGGACAGCAUUCACUGGGUUCUUCCCAAGCUUCAGGGUGCACCUCCCUAUGGUGUCUGCCUCAAUGACUAUGCACCCUUUGUUAUAAACAAGUUAGUUAAUAAGGAUUGUCGUCGAGGGAGAGCUUAUUGGAAGAGAAAGAAUGAAAGCAUAAAGGAGGAUGUAAUAGACAGCCAAGAGCCAAUGGACCCACCAAAGAAGAAGAGAAAACCAUAUCGCACUAUCAAGAGUGAUUGUCCUGCAAAGAUGAGCAUUAGAACAGUCAAGGCAUAUCCAGACUUUGCUGUUGCAGCAGAUACAAGUAAAAAGAUAAAAGGGAAGUUUGCUAGAAUGUUAAAGCAAGCAAUAAUGAAUGGUGAGGUGGAGGGAGAGGAGCGAUAUGUGGUUACUAUUAGUCGAGGAGGACACCAUCAGAAUCAUCAGAAUGAGAUGGUUGAGGAUAGAGUAAAUCAGUUGCAUCCUGAAGUAGUGGGAUAUAUUACAAAAUUAGUAACCGAAGACAAUAUUACAUCACCUAAGGCGAUCAAAUCAUUAGUGACUUUGUUUUCACGUGAAAAUUUCAGGCUUGAGGAAGUAUCUAAUGGUAAUAGGUAUUUUUUUCCCAUUCUGAAAGAUAUAAGAACUAUUUUGCGACAUAUUAUUUGUAACAUGCAAACUAGUAAGUUUUGCCAGGUCAGGCUGGACAAAGAUGUUAAAGUACUGGCCCAAGGACAUGAGGCUGAACAGAAAAUUAUUGUUAGAAGUGAACCCACAAGAACUUUGGAUGAUACUACAGAUGAUCAUUCACAUGAAAAGCAAGUCUUUCUUACAUCAGAUGGUUAUCUAACCCUACACUUCAUCCAAGAUACGUCUGAUGAUGGCAACAUUGCUACUCAUGUUAUUUCUGCUCAAGAUAUUAAGUGUGAAUUGGGAAACAUCACGGAAAUUCAGAACGUUCCUGACAUGCAGGAAGACAUUCACACACUUAGCUCCGACCGCUUUAAGUUAUUCAAGGCACUUGAGCAAGCAAUGCAACAGGUGACAGAAGUCAACAAUCCACAGGCCUUGAAGGAGGCAUUGAAAUGUGUACAGCAAGCCUCGGUGGUCAUGCAGUCAUCACUGAACAAGCGAUGACUAAUCUUUCUUUUAUUUUUGUUAUGGCUGUUGGUAAAUAUUUUAAAUAUUUCUUAAUAUGAAAACUGCUUUAUUUUGAAUGUUGCAUCUUUAAUUUUAUUGAAAUAAUGUUCACUUACUUUUUAUAUUUUCCAAAUGUAGAUAAUAUUUGAUAAAUGAGAUGGGCUAGAGAAGAUUAUAGUGCCAUACAUUUUUGAUACCUGAUAUAUUAUGUAUUUCCCAUGAUGAAAUGGGUUUCGACUUUUUUUGCCUUACAAUCAGAAUCAUAUCAUUUGAUGUAAUACAUAGUUUAAAUAUGUCAUCACACUCAAUCAUAUUUUGCUAGGCCUAAAUAGACUAUGAGGUACAUUUAUUUCAUAAUGAAAGAUAAAAUAUUUUUAUUUCUUUACCGUAAAGUAUUAACAUUUGCAAAGACCGAAAGGGGCUUUGGAAUGUAGAAAUUUAAGACAUGUUUUAAUGUCUGAGAGAGUCACUUUUGUUAGGAGUAUAGAUGGUGUUGCAGACAGUGGGAGACCAGGCAACAGCAGGAGACCAGGCAGACAGUAGGAGACCAGGCAGACAGCAGAAGACCAGGCAGACAGUAGGAGACCAGGCAGACAGCAGAAGACCAGGCAGACAGCAAGAGACCAGGCAGACAGCAAGAGACCAGGCAGACAGCAGGAGACCAUGCAGACAGCAGGAGACCAGACAGACCACACACAAACUGUCAAGUCUUCACCCCUUGAUCUUUUGCUGGAAAUCUUACUUCUGGCAUUUUAAGUUAAUAUUAUAAGUAUUUUCUAUGACUGUCUCAUACAAGGCAUUCAGAAAUAUAUUUUUAUAGUUUUCUUAAUGAUGCAUUUAUAAAAUAGGAAUGAUAAUUAAAGACUAUAGUAAGAAUGUAUUUACUGAAAAAUUGUAAUUAUUUCUUCAUAAAAAUACCAGUUUAUGUACGGUAUUAAAGUGGCAAAGCUAAUUUAUAUAUAAAAUUUGUAUUUGUCACUUAGUGUAAACAUUAUUUUUUAUAUACCCAGUAAAUAAAUCUUAUUUAUGAUUAUAAAGGUGCUCUUGUGAAUCUGAAGCCCUAAUGGGAGGUGCCUUCAUUCCAGUGAAGGAUUCUUGUUCCAAACAACUGAACUUCACCUUCCUUACCUUGGGUCAAACUUAAAUGUCUCCCAUUCCACAGGAGC